AUGUGGCCUUCUCCUAGCCAGUCUAGACCUAGCUUUGAACACGUCUUUGGCCUCUUGCUUUCGCGCCAGUUGCUCGUCACAUUCGCACGCUCAAAGCUCGACAUUCUCGUCUUUGGACUCGGGCUCAGCAGCGGCGACAUACUCAUCUCCCCAAGCUGGAGAUUUCGCAAGAGCAGGUUUGGCGGUCCAUUGCUUCGUGGUGCUCGUGGUUCAUCGGAAUGUGAGGAGUCUGCUCGUCCCUGCAUCAUCUGCCUCAACGCAGAUCGAAGCGGCCUCACGGUGCCUGGUCGCACCGCCUGUGCUAGCUGUCAUAAUGACGGCAAGCGGUGCGACCGGGCGUCACCCAUGACGAUGCGUGCGAUCACUGUCUAG